CCUCCCCCUCCAUCCUUCCCCUCCUUCGCUCUCCCACACAUCCCAAAAGAAACCUUAUUUUCACGUCACGGCUACUAUUCCCAUAUAAUAUAACCAUGCACGUCCACCAGGCACCACGAUGGCACACGUACCCAAGAUUACUAAACACACCGACAACGCCUGACUAAAUCCUUACGCAACCCCUCCACGCACCUCUUCUGCCUUCUACCCCUUUGGAACUCGGACGCUAUCCCCCCUCUCAACAGCCGAUCCGCUCUUCCUAGCGACACAAAGCGCGCCAGCUCCGCGUUUUGGGCGCUGGACCCAGGGCUAGUCGGAGCCAUGGUUGCGCCGAGGGACCGAUGUGGACAGCGAUGUGGGGUGCACGAAUGAAGGGGAGGACAGUUUCACAAACGGCCGUUGGUUGCUUAUAAACGCUUUGCGACUGCCGCUGGUUCUUUUUUUGUUACGGAGAAAGUAAACAAGUCGAAUAAUCAUCAAUCAACCUCUCUCCAUUACCAUACAAUCAGAUAUCGCAGAUAUGUCGACUGUCAGCUUCACCCUCUCGCAGGAUUACGGAUACGUAAUUCUCGCCGCAACAUCCACCUUCAUCCUUAACACCAUCCACGGCUUCAACACUGGCAAAUUCCGCAAGGCGGCCGCCAUCGCCUACCCUGCCCCCUACGCCACCAACGAGGUGGCCAAGGACAACGAUGAUGCAUACCGCUUUAACUGCGCCCAACGCGCGCACGCCAACUACACCGAGAACCACACCUCCGUCCUGGCCACACUCCUGAUUGCUGGUGUUCAGUUCCCCCGCGUCGCAGCUGGACUCGGCGCUACCUGGGUUGUGGGGAGGUACCUUUACAUGGCGGGGUACUCGAACUUGGCGUAUGGACGUGGAGGAAAGGGACGUUAUCGCGGGAUGAUUGCGUACAUUGGCCAGCUUGGGCUUUUGGGGUUGACGAUUUACAGUGGGCUGGGUAUGAUUUUGGGGUGGUAGAUGUAGAUACCAGAGUGGGAAGUAGUGUAGGUUAGUGGGAAUAAAAGUUGUAUUACUCUAG